CGCUGCGGUUCUUUAAACUAGAACCACACCACUGCUUCAUCCUUACACGCUUCUUGCCACUCGUCGUCACAAGAAGCAGAAGAGAAGAGGACAUGUCUGGCAAAACAAGGAGUUUAUACGGGACUGCAUUCAAACAUUUUCUUAAUUCUUUAAAGCCACGCUCAUCUCCAGGAGUGUUAGUGGGAUCUGAUCAACAUGGCAAUAAAUAUUACGAAAUACCAGCAGAUCCAAGUCGAGGGAAGAGAUACCCCAAGAGAUGGCUUGUUCCAGUCUCUGAGGCAAGUUACAAAGAAGAAAUCGUUUCUUUUGAAUGGAAUGCUUGGUUAAGGAACCGCCGUGCUGAUCCUCCAUCCGAAUCAGAAAUUGAGGGGAAUGUUGCUUACUCCAAAAUGCUGAAGGAAAAUGCCAGCAAGCUCAGUGAAAAGGAAGGAAAAAAGGUGGAUGAAUCUGUAAAGCACACCAACAUGUCCAGCUUCCCCGUAUAUGAUGAAUAUGAAGUAACACCUGGUGAUAAACAAGAUGUUACUUCUUCUGGAGAGAGAGGGUACAGUCAUUACAGAUAGAUCAACUCCAAUAUUACACUUUUAUUUCUGAAAAUGAUCACCCAAAUAGUUUUAAGAUGUUAGAGAGCCACUUGACAAUAACAUACAAUCGACAGAGCCCAAAAAGAAUGUUACAACACACCACUGCUCAUAACUAAAACACUUGAAUAAAAGAAAUGUCAAUUUUCCCUACUGGGAGACUGAUUCUAAGAAUGUGUAACAAAAAUAAAAUUCAUAAAAAAAAAAGUCUUUGAUCACCCAAGGGUUAUGACAUUAACACUUGUGAUGACUGAUAGUAAAUUAUUAAUUCUUGUUAGCAAUGAAAAAGUUGCACUAGGCAUAGUUUGGUAGGUUUGAAAUGGAUAUACAAGAGAGAAUAAAGACAGGGUGAAGAAAGUAGCAAGAAUUGUCUGGAAUGAUUUUAUUAAGAAAAUGUCAGAGACUGAAGCUUUAUAAAACAAUGAUGACCCCAGUAAUGGCAAAUGAUCAGUUAGACUUAUGUCUGAAACAUCCACCACUAACAAAAUGCAGCUUCCUUUGCAGAUAUAUAAGUUUCAGUCUUUCACAAUCAAGCAUUAGGUAAGAUCUUGAGGAAAUAGCUUUACCAAAUAAAUGUAAACCACCUGUUCUCACAUUUUUUAACUGUCACUGUAGUAAUAAAAAAAAUUUAUAUUUUA